UACGAUGAGCUGGCCCACUACGGUGGGAUGGAUGGAGUCCCGGCGUCCAUGUACGGGGACCCGCACGCGCCCCGGCCGCUUCCCCAGGUCCACCACCUGAACCACGGCCCGCCGCUGCACGCCAGCCAGCACUACGGAGCCCACGCUCCGCACCCCAACGUAAUGCCCACCAGCAUGGGCUCCGCUGUCAACGACGUUUUAAAGAGGGAUAAAGAUCAAAUUUACGGUCACCCUUUAUUCCCACUGCUUGCACUGGUUUUUGAGAAGUGCGAGUUGGCGACGUGUACUCCGAGGGAGCCCGGCGUAGCAGGCGGCGAUGUCUGCUCCUCAGACUCCUUCAAUGAGGACAUUGCAGUCUUUGCCAAACAGGUCCGAGCAGAAAAACCUUUAUUUUCAUCGAAUCCAGAGUUGGACAAUUUGAUGAUACAAGCCAUACAAGUAUUACGAUUUCAUCUCUUGGAAUUAGAAAAGGUGCACGAGCUCUGCGACAAUUUCUGUCACCGGUACAUCAGCUGUUUGAAAGGAAAAAUGCCAAUAGAUCUAGUUAUUGACGAACGGGAUGGCAGCUCAAAAUCAGAUCACGAAGAACUUUCGGGAUCGUCGACUAACCUUGCAGAUCACAACCCAGCUUCCUGGAGAGACCACGAUGACGCCACCUCCACACACUCCGCUGGCACACCGGGGCCCUCCAGCGGGGGACACGCUUCACAGAGCGGUGACAACAGCAGCGAACAA